AUGGAGAAGAGCAUAGAGGAAGAGGGAAGAAGAAAUGAAGGGGAGCGUGGCACGACAGAGUGCACGUUGGUCUCCGUGCGCCUUUCCUACGUUUGGAGCAGCCCCAGAGCACUCUCCAAGGCAGCCAGCCACACACACACACACACAGAGACACUCCGUAACCAACUCGCCAAGACGAUCUAUUCACAACGGUCACGGAGACGGCACGAGAAGAAACGAAAAGCCCAAGGGCCCAGCCAAGCACCACAUAAAAUUUACCCACACCUCGGUCAGUACAUUUGGCUUCCUUCACGAUCGCUCGUAUUUCACCGGCCCCUCUCCUCCAACGAGAUGCACACAGUCCCUAGCGACGGCGUGUUGAGGGCGGCGGAAAGUACACAUCUCAUCGCACCCUCAGCCGCCGCGCAGGAGAUCGCCGCUCCAGCUCCUUCUCCUGCUGCUGUUGUUGUCGCGUCUAUUGAGGGCUGCUCUUUCCUGACUGUAUCUUCUCGCUGCAGCUG